AUGGCUCUGGAAGACUUUGAAAAGGAGCUGGCAGAACAGAAAGAAGCAGAGAGUCGUUCAGAGCGACGCACCGAGCGCGAAAAAUCCGAUCGAUAUCGUCGACACCACCACCACCGCCGCCACCAUCGCAGUCCUCGAGACGAUGCUUCCCACAAUGACGACGAUGGUCACCGGUCGAAGAGGUCAAGACAUUCUAGAGAUGAAGAUACUUCAGAAACCAGAAAUAGACGCAAGCACCGUCGCCGUAGUCGAGAUGAAGAAGAUGGAGGCCAAGACGAACAAUCCGGGUCAUCCAGGCCAAACCUAAGCGAAUUGAAACGUGAUUCCUGGAUGGAGGCCCCUUCGGCAUUGGAUGUGGACUACGUCCAGCGGAAGAAACCUGAGCCGUCACCUCCAAAAGGAGGGUCUUUAGGCGCGGACUUCCAACUGAAAGUGCACGAAAAAGAACUUAACAAGCACCUACGGGAUUUGCAGAAUGGGAAGAGUGUGGACGAUCUGGAAGAUGAACCUACCACACACGAGGUCAACUAUACUUUCGGCGACGCCGGCUCGCAAUGGCGCAUGACAAAGCUAAAGGCUGUAUACCGGCAGGCGCAGGAAUCAGGACGUAAGGUCGAAGACGUAGCGCUGGAACGUUACGGCAACCUUUGCGAGUUUGAUGAAGCCCGAGAAGAAGAAACCGAACUUGAGAGACGUCAGACUUAUGGAGAUGAUUAUGUGGGCAAACAGAAGCCCAGUGGAGAGCUCUUUCAAGAGCGGAAACUGGAGGAGGGACAUCGACGGCCUCGUCCUGGACAGGCGGAGGUCAAUCCCGACGACGCUGUUGAACAAAUCCCAGUGCCGACAUCCAGCACCAGUGCCACCGGUCCACGAGUAGAUCAGACGGCCCUCAACAAGCUGAAGGCUCAACUCAUGAAAGCUCAGCUUCGAAAGGACCCGAAGGCGGCGGAUCUGGAAAGGGAAUAUAACGAGGCUCUGGCCGCGUUCUCCACGCAAGACCCUGCUGUUAUCACUCUUUCCGCCAUGGACAACAGAAUGCUAUCUUCCGCCCCAAGGAACGAGGUCAAGGCGGUGCAGAACCGUCGAGGUGCGGAACGCGGGCAGGUGGAAGAAAACGAGGACAUGACCAUCGAAGAUAUGGUUCGAGAAGAACGGCGUACGCGCGGUGAAGCCGGAGGCGAAGGCCAACGUCUUGCCGAACGAAUCGCCAAAGACGGCAAGUUUGACAAUGACCUCGAAUACCUGGACGAGAACGCCGGCAAACUGGCCAAACGCGUGCACAAGUCCGACCUGAACCUACGCAACGUGGCCAUUAACGAAUACCAGAAGCUCAACAAAAUCCUCCACAACUGUCCGCUCUGCUACCACGAGGACACUGACACUCCGCCGAUUGCGCCUGUUGUGUCGCUGGCCACACGGACAUAUCUGACAUUGCCCACGGAGCCAGAGAUGUCGCCACUCAGUGCCAUGAUCGUGCCCACGCAGCAUCGCACCAACCUACUGGAAUGCGAUGACGACGAGUGGGAAGAGAUGCGGAAUUUCAUGAAAUCUCUCACGCGCCUGUACCACGACCAGGGCCGCGACGUGAUUUUCUAUGAGAAUGCCGCGUUCCCCCACCGCAAGCCGCACGCCGCGCUCGUCGUGGUGCCCCUGCCCUACAGUUUGGGGGAAACGGCGCCGGCCUUCUUCAAGGAAGCCUUCCUCAGCACGGAGGACGAGUGGAGCCAACACAAGAAGAUCAUCGACACGCUCUCCAAGGCCAAAAAGGAGGGCUUGGGCAAGGCCGCGUUCCGCCGCAGCUUGGUCAAGGAGAUGCCGUAUUUCCACGUGUGGUUCGAGCUCGACGGCGGACUCGGGCACGUCGUCGAAGACCCACAGCGCUGGCCUCGCGGCGACUUGUUUGCCAGGGAGAUCAUCGGCGGCAUGUUGGGCCUGGAGCCCGACGUCAUCAAGCGACAGGGCAGGUGGCAGAAAGGACAUGACAAGAGGAUCGACGGCUUCCGGAAGGCGUGGAGGAAGUUUGACUGGACGAGAGUCCUUACUGAGGGUAAUGGGUAG